AUGUCUGCCCCUCCAGCUGUAGUGAGUGGUGUCCCGGCUAAAGUGGACGGUGUCCCGGCUGUAGUGACUGCUGGGACCUGUGGUUCUACAAGCAAGAUGGCUGCCAGCUCCAAAGAGCCUGUUUCAGCCUCACCCGGGCUGACUGAUGCAGCUGACAGUCCUGUCCUGAUGGAGAAGAGUCUGCCUGGAGGUGAAGUGUGUGUGGGCACAGCUGUGAGUGUGGACACGGCAGGAACUAUGAAUGUGCCGGAAAAUAAUAACAGUAAUAGUAUUGAUGAAGCAAUGGAUGUGGUGGGUGGUGGUGAAGGGGUUAACGUUGCUGCUUCAGGUAACAAUGAUAUUUCUCCUCCUGCUCAGCAGAGGAAAGACUCAUCUGUGCAAUCAUCUGCCAAACGCACAACUGGACCCUCUGCGGAAGAAGAAGAAGAAGAAGAACCCGAAGAAGAACCCGAAGAAGAAGAAGAACCCGAAGAAGAACCCGAAGAAGAAGAAGAAGAAGAAGAACCCGAAGAAGAAGAAGAACCCGAAGAAGAAGAACCCGAAGAAGAACCCGAAGAACCCGAAGAAGAAGAACCCGAAGAAGAACCCAAAGAACCCGAAGAAGAAGAACCCAAAGAAGAACCCGAAGAAGAACCCGAAGAAGAACCCGAAGAAGAACCCGAACCCGAAGAAGAACCCGAAGAAGAACCCGAAGAAGAAGAACCCGAAGAAGAAGAACCCGAAGAAGAACCCGAAGAAGAAGAACCCGAAGAAGAAGAACCCGAAGAAGAACCUGAAGAAGAACCAGAAGAAGAAGAAGAAGAAGAAGAAGAAGAAGAAGAAGAAGAAGAAGAAGAAGAAGAAGAAGAAGAAGAAGAAGAAGAAGAAGAAGAAGAAGAAGAAGAAGAAGAAGAAGAAGAAGAAGAAGAAGAAGAAGAAGAAGAAGAAGAAGAAGAAGAAGAAGAAGAAGAAGAAGAAGAAGAAGAAGAAGAAGAAGAAGAAGAAGAAGAAGAAGAAGAAGAAGAAGAAGAAGAAGAAGAAGAAGAAGAAGAAGAAGAAGAAGAAGAAGAAGAAGAAGAAGAAGAAGAAGAAGAAGAAGAAGAAGAAGAAGAAGAAGAAGAAGAAGAAGAAGAAGAAGAAGAAGAAGAAGAAGAAGAAGAAGAAGAAGAAGAAGAAGAAGAAGAAGAAGAAGAAGAAGAAGAAGAAGAAGAAGAAGAAGAAGAAGAAGAAGAAGAAGAAGAAGAAGAAGAAGAAGAAGAAGAAGAAGAAGAAGAAGAAGAAGAAGAAGAAGAAGAAGAAGAAGAAGAAGAAGAAGAAGAAGAAGAAGAAGAAGAAGAAGAAGAAGAAGAAGAAGAAGAAGAAGAAGAAGAAGAAGAAGAAGAAGAAGAAGAAGAAGAAGAAGAAGAAGAAGAAGAAGAAGAAGAAGAAGAAGAAGAAGAAGAAGAAGAAGAAGAAGAAGAAGAAGAAGAAGAAGAAGAAGAAGAAGAAGAAGAAGAAGAAGAAGAAGAAGAAGAAGAAGAAGAAGAAGAAGAAGAAGAAGAAGAAGAAGAAGAAGAAGAAGAAGAAGAAGAAGAAGAAGAAGAAGAAGAAGAAGAAGAAGAAGAAGAAGAAGAAGAAGAAGAAGAAGAAGAAGAAGAAGAAGAAGAAGAAGAAGAAGAAGAAGAAGAAGAAGAAGAAGAAGAAGAAGAAGAAGAAGAAGAAGAAGAAGAAGAAGAAGAAGAAGAAGAAGAAGAAGAAGAAGAAGAAGAAGAAGAAGAAGAAGAAGAAGAAGAAGAAGAAGAAGAAGAAGAAGAAGAAGAAGAAGAA